UCCGAAUCGCUGCCAGCACCGCCUCUGUCCCGCCAGUACUCCGCUGCCCACCUCGACGACCGGCCGGGCCUCUGCACCCAUCGCCUGUGGCUGAAGCGCGCCUCGCGAUCCCGUUUCCUCAGCUGCCAGAUCCUCAUCCUCGGAACGACUGAACCAUGCCCAUGCCCAUCGUCCUGUCACAUGUCCGAAGCGCACUCCGUCUAGCCAAGUCGUGAAGACCGAGAGAGAGUACAUUGUUAUAUUAUUAAUCAGAGCAUGGGGCUGAGCUGAGCACCUUGAUCAGACGAGAAAGACACAAUUAUGGCUGAGAAACAGAUGCAGCUGGAAGACUGGCUGGACGAUCUGUGCGUCCGGUUCAUCAUCAACCUUCCGCAAGAGGACCUCUCCUCAGUCGCCCGACUAUGCUUUCAAGUCGAAGAAGCACAAUGGUUCUACGAAGACUUCAUCCGCCCCCUCGACCCGACCCUCCCGUCCAUGACGCUGCGCACGUUUUGCCUGCGAAUCUUUCAACACUGCCCGCUGCUUGCGUCGUUCUCGGUUGAGAAUCACAUCAAAGCGUUUGAGGAGUUCCUGCAGUACAAGACCCGUGUACCCGUCCGCGGCGCUAUCAUGCUCAAUCAUGAGCUGGAUUCGGUCGUUCUUGUGAAGGGCUGGAAGAAAGGUGCUAGUUGGAGCUUUCCUCGCGGCAAGAUUAACAAGGACGAAGACGACCUGGAUUGUGCUGUCCGGGAAGUCUACGAGGAGACUGGCCUGGAUCUCCGGGCAGCAGGACUGGUACCGACUGAGGGGAAGCCCAAGUACAUUGAAAUCCCCAUGAGAGAGCAGCAUCUCCGGCUUUAUGUCUUCCGGGACGUCCCCAUGGACACGGUGUUCCAGCCUCGGACCAGGAAAGAGAUCAGCAAGAUUGAGUGGUACAAGCUCUCCGACCUGCCCACUCUUCGGAAGAAGGGAACUCAGAACAACAAUAACAACCACCAGUAUGACUCUGGUGCCGGAACCAAUGCCAACAAGUUCUACAUGGUCGCCCCCUUUCUGGUCCCUCUGAAGAAGUGGAUU